ACAGUUACACUAUAUCAAUAUCUACGGCAGCAACGUCUGUCCAUAUGCCCGUUUUAGGUCUGUUUAUCUGUGUGAAAUCGUGUGUCUCUAGGAACAGUUCGUCAUAGUCUUCUCUGUGCAGGGGGCUCUGCUUCGAGUGUCUGUUCAGUGAUAACGACGACUUUGAAACUCGUUCAGCCCAAGCAAGCUCAAGCUCAUGCUUGUGGAGACCCAUUUAAUUCAUCUGUUUUUCAUUGGUGGUGCUAGUCCUGCAGACUAACCAGGAUAGACACUGGCUCAAAUUUCAAUCUGGUUAUCACCACCUCCGUACAGGUGACAAUAUAACCAAACGUUACAGAAGUUUAAAGCGAAAAGUUCAAGCUGAUUCAAAAUGUCGGCUCUUCGCUGUUCGUUUCAACGUACGCGGAGCCUCUUAAUGGUUUCAUCGUCUCAUCGAGGUCGAACUCUACACCGGCUACGGCACACUACCCCAUUUCCUGUGCGAUGUCUUUCAUUAAGUCCAGCCUGUCGAAGGAAUCUUGGGAAUGUAAUAAACUAUCUGGAUACCGAGGAGUUUGGACUGCCUGCUAUUACAAAGGCACCUUCUAAGACUGAAAUCACUAGUCAACGAGGCAGUAAUAGUCCUUCAGGCGGCGAUGGAAUUCAUAGAAGCCGAAGUACAACGUUGGGUAGCGGUCCUCCAACGGCAUCAGGAGCAGGCGGUACAAGUGGCACGACACCGAGUGGAGGUGGAUCCGGUGGAGAUAAGAAUGGCUACCGCUGCCAGAAAUGUGGCAGCCAAUGUACACACGUUGGAACAUUCGUCUCAACAACCCGUUUCGUAAAAUGUGAAAAAUGCCAUCAUUUCUUUGUUGUCGACCCAGAGGGGGAGAACAAGAGAUCAGCGAAGGAAUCAUCUUUGAAUAAACCAUCGGCACCCGUUACCCGGAAAGCUCCACCUCCGCCCAAGAAAAUUUAUGAGUAUCUAGAUCGGCAUGUCAUCGGACAGGAUCAAGCGAAAAAAGUACUCUCAGUAGCUGUAUAUAACCACUAUAAACGUAUCUAUAAUAAUCUAGCGAAGAAUCAAACAUCCGGAGAUCCACCAUUAAGUACGGAGGCUACUUCAGCACAACCUACGACAUACGCGCCAUUUACGCUGCGGGAUUCCCCCAUUCAACUGGUGCAUAUUCCAGGACCACACGGUUCUGCUGUUUCCAACGCUGCGUUUGGCCAGUCGGCAGCUGAAGCUGAUCAACAAAAAAUAGCCUCAGGAAGUCAAACACGUGGCGGAGAGGUUCUUGAAAAUAUCACGCAAGAUAUACGACUAGAAAAAAGUAACAUUCUGCUUCUGGGACCAACGGGCUCAGGAAAGACGCUUCUUGCACAGACAAUUGCACGCUGCCUCGAGGUCCCGUUCGCAAUUUGCGACUGUACAACGCUUACCCAGGCUGGUUACGUUGGUGAAGAUAUUGAGAGCGUGAUUGGCAAGCUGCUUCAAGAUGCCAACUUUAAUGUCGAACGAGCACAGCAAGGCAUCGUAUUUCUGGAUGAAGUUGAUAAAAUCGGUGCAGUGCCAGGUAUUCACCAGCUUCGAGAUGUUGGAGGUGAGGGCGUUCAACAAGGCAUGCUGAAGAUGCUUGAAGGCACACUUGUUAACGUUCCUGAAAGGAAUUCACGUAAGCUCCGAGGUGAAAGCCUGACGGUUGAUACUACGAAUAUUUUGUUUGUCGCUUCGGGCGCAUUCAAUGGACUGGAUAGGCUCGUCAGUCGCCGGAAAACUCAUAAGUACUUAGGCUUUGGGGCAGCAGUUCUCGAGUCUCGAGGGCGACGAGCGGCCGCUUCCGAGGAUAUGGCUAACAGCGCUGCUCAUGAAUCUGCCGAAAAUGAAAAUCUGGAGAAAGAUGCAAUGCUGAAGGCAGUUGAAGCUCGUGAUUUAAUCGAGUUUGGCAUGAUACCAGAAUUCGUUGGCCGUUUUCCCGUUAUUGUGCCGUUCCAUUCUCUAACAGAAAAUAUGCUCAUACAAAUUCUAACCGAGCCUCAGAAUGCGCUUCUUCCGCAAUUCCAAGUACUUCUUAGUAUGGACAAGUGCGAAUUGACGUUCGAUGAAGCAGCUUUACGCUCGAUUUCCCACCUUGCCAUGGAACGAAAAACAGGUGCCCGAGGACUUCGAGCCAUCAUGGAAAAGAUUCUGCUCGAUCCCAUGUUCGAAAUACCUGGCAGCGACAUCACCGGAGUACAUAUUUCGAAAGAGGUGGUUGAGGGCACAGCGCCACCUACUUAUGUGCGGCAAGGCAACAAAAGCGCGGAGGAUGAGGAAAGUCCACAGGGCGCACGUGCGAUUAAUUCCUGAAUGAAGUAGUGGAUCUGCACUACCCUGCGAGUACAUUGAAAAAUUUUCUCUCUACCAGCGAAAAAAGUGAUGAAUAGAAGGAAUUUGAAUGCAAAAUCCGAAAUAUAGGGCCACCAUUAGAGGUAGCGCGAAACCGAUGAAACACGCAAUUGUACGCAUGAGGUGGUUAUAUGGGCAAAGGCCAGAACGCACUCAUGUCAAACUUCGCUAACUCAGAAGACGAAAUACAGCAUACCUAUGUGGAUAAGACUGCAUAGGUUUUGCAAUGAUUGUUUAGAUGUAAUUCCGGGCUUCUUGUAGCUAUCAGGACCAGUAUAUAUAAACAUAUAUGCCUAAGGCAAAAAAGGCUGCUUCUCCAUUUUAGACAGGAAAUAAGCGAAGUUUUUGGAAGUUACGAUCUCGCUUUAUACAUGAGGUUUUCAUGUUUCAUUAUCCAAAGCGAUGACCGCAAUAGUGUAAUUCUGUUCCAUUGUUCGCCAACAGAUGUGUUGAGCCGAUGCGCAAGACAUUUUUACUCGUUAUGAAAACCUAAGACAACAUCGUAGCAUAUCUGCCCUAUUUUAAUAUUAAAAUACAUAGUAUUUCGAAAAGAACUUUUUGCAGAGUAACGUGUAUUGCUUCAUUUAAUGUGCAAACGAGCUAAGUAGGGCCAACGGGAUAAAUCAGUCAUGAGGACUCGUGUUGUAAAGCUGUUCUCUCAAUAUUUGAGUGCGUUAAAGCAUUUCGGGAAUGUUUUUCGUUGGUGACGUACCUGAGACUGCGGUGAUCAGCGACAUCAAGAAGAGGUACCGAAAAAAGCUUACUCAUCUGUUUUCGAAAUGGCAUUUGUAUUUUCACAAAACCUUCCUAUCAAACGUUUGGAAUGAGAGCCGAAGGUCAUACAUCAGUUGGUCCGAAUAAAUAUAUAUAUUAAAAAGCUUGAAAUUGUAAAUAGAUGUUUGGUUAAUACGACACAAACAUGUGAUGGAGCGGUAUUUGGACGAGUAGAUCAUCACGAUAUUGAUAUGCGAAUACCGAAAGUUCAUCUCAAGAGGUGUAAACAGUUGGUUAUCUCCAAGCUAAAGUUUUUACUCCUAAUCACAAAUAAAUUGAGACGGGGGUGAAGUCGGUGCUUGUAAAUAAAACAAUCUAGCCACUCA